AAUUAUGCUAUGAGGAAAGCGCUUUGAAAUAACUAAUAUUUAUAAAAUGCAAGGUGGAAUAAGGUAAAGGUGCAUUUCGAAAGUAAAUUAAUGGAGGAAAUGUAAACACAGCUUUUAUAGGAUUUUUUAUUUAAUAUUAGAUUGUUUGUGCAAUGUCUGGCAAAGUGAAGAAGAGAUCUGCUACCAACUCUGCUGAUUCAGCUACUCUAACACUGAAUGAGAGAAUUUUAAAAGAGUGUCAUGACUUCUAUGUAGACCAAAAAAAUGGUCUAGUGAAAAUCGCAGCUGGCUUAGAUGUGGACCUCUUGCCACCAAGGAAAAAGGUCACCGUUUUAUUGUUAGGAAAUCAUUCAGCAGGGAAAAGUUCUUUUAUAAAUUGGUACAUAGAAGAGCAUAUUUUGAAAACAGGUGUUGCUAUUGAAACACAAGGUUUUGCUUUUGUGACAAGUGGGAAAAAACGAGAAACAUUAACUGGCAAUGCCACUUUGCAUCUGUACCCGCACUUUAAACCUCUAGAGAAAAUAAAAGGUCUCUUGGAUUUUAUCUCGACAGAAAUCUCUACAUCUAAGCAGAAGAAAUUCAGUCUCGUGACUUUUAUCGACACACCCGGAUUGGUCGAUGGGGAAAUGAAUUAUCCUUUUGAUGUUAAUAAGGCCAUACAAUUUUUAGGAAAUAUAGCCGACUUGAUUUUUGUCUUUUUCGACCCCAUUGGCCAAGCUCUUCGUAAGCGCACUCUGAAUGUAGUAGAAGCGCUGAGUGCUAAACAUAGUGAUAAAAUCAAAUUGUACCUGAGUAAAGCUGAUGAGGCUGGUAAUGAAACUGAUAGACAGAAAGUUCUGAUGCAAAUUGUUCAAGAAUUAUGUAAAAGGCCAACACUCAAUAGGGCAGGGUUAGACUUGUCCACAAUUUAUAUACCCAAUCCAAAUAGACCUGUCCGAUGUGCUAAUCAAAUUGAAGAUGUGUGCAAGGAAAUAGAAAAGACAAUUAAUAGGACUGUUCAAAACACGCUCAACACUUUGGAGUAUGAUUGUCACAAAAUUGAGCAGGCUAUUGAAGAUAAAAUCAGAUAUAACCAGCAAAAUCAAUCUAGAAAUUUUGUAUCGGGAGCUAAAGGACUAAUGUUUGGUGUAUCAGGCAUUGUCAUGCUCUUUUGCUACUUCCUGGGUGUUCUGCUGUCCGGGUCUUCCAUCGACACUUUACGAGGAAUCAUAGGACCGAGUUUAGCCGAAGUUUUAACUAUGUACCUAAAAGCAUUUGAAUACAUCUGGUCUUCAGUAUCUGAUGAUGAUCAUCUGACUAUAACCAUUUGUGUGAUUAUCAUUGUAGCAAUAUUUUUUGGGUUGGCACAUUGGUACAUCAGACUGACGCCAACUUUUUCCAAAAAGCAAAAAAUGGCUCUCUUAGAAAAGAAAGAAUAUCUCCAGAAUGUAGUGAUAAAUAGAAAAAGGCAACUGUACGAUGACUAUUUAAGGCAGAGCGUUGCUGAACAUGAACUGUGAUAUUAAGCAGCUACCAUUGUUUAAAUUCUGUCAUCCACUAUUGAAUCAUUAUUUUUCUCUUUUCAUGAGGACCUCAGGAAUCAUUUCAUUCCACUUUUUAUUUAAAUAAUUUUCUAAAAAGAUCUGAUCGUUUUGUUUUGAAAAUCAAAUACUGUUCUUUAAAACUGUUUGUUUAGCCUGUUAUUAUGUUGCAAUAAUAAUAAAAAAUAACAAUUGAAUUUUUCAGCUCACAAUUUAAACAGUACUAAUAAGUUAUCAAUAUAAUGAAAUCUUUCUUUUAUAGUAUUAGUUUAGUUUUGUAAUAUAGUAAAAAAAAAAUGCAUGAAUUUUGAGAUGAAUUUUAUACUUUUGUAACCAUAAAAGAAAGCUAUCAGUGUCAAAAGUAAACUGAUUUUUAAUAAAUAUUUUAUUUGUCGCA